AACCUUGCUUUUUCCUUUUAUCUGCAAAUUUUUGUUCCCAGGAAUAUUUCUUAACCUUAAUAUUCAUCCCAAAACAAGAAAAAAGCAUCUCUCUCUUUUGCUUAAUUACCAAACUCUGAUUCCAUAAGCAUCUAUCAAAGAGCUCUCUUUUUCCAUCUUUCUCUUUUGUUCAUCUUUCCCGGGAAAAAUCUUCCCUUUUUCUUCUCAUCUCUGCUCUCAUUUCUCUCUUGUUUCAGAGCAUCAAUCUCUUGUUUCUUUCUUUAUUCUUUGUCUCCUUCACUUUUUCUCUUUUAAUUCUUUUCCUAACUCUCUCUCAUAUAUAUAUACAAUCACAGAACACCACAAAGAACACAUAACUUAUACAGUAGAGAGAUUACAAAAAUGGAGACAGAGAAGAAAGUUUCUCUCCAGAGGAUAAAACUCACGGAGCACAAAACCAACAGCAUCGUCACCACCGCCAUAACUAAACCAAGAAUCUUGCGAAUCUCUGUAACCGAUCCUUACGCUACAGAUUCCUCAAGCGAAGAAGAAGAUGAUUUCGCAGAAAUCUCCAGAAAACGACGUCGUGUCAAGAAAUUCGUGAACGAAGUUGUUCUUGAGUCGACUGUUUCUGAGAAAGAGAGGCCGAAGAAGAAGACGAGAGGAAAGACGACGAAGACGACGGCGGAGUCUGCUGCUACUCCGGUGGCUGUUACGACGGCGAGAAAGUUCCGGGGAGUGAGACAACGGCCGUGGGGGAAAUGGGCGGCGGAGAUUAGAGAUCCGACUAGACGUGUACGGCUUUGGUUAGGAACUUACGACACGGCGGAGGAAGCCGCCAUUGUUUACGAUAACGCCGCCAUUCAGCUGCGUGGACCUCACGCGCUCACUAACUUCUCUCCUUCUCCGGCGCCGGAGCAAGGUGAAGAAGCUUCGACGGAGAUGGCUGAGUUUACUACAAAAAGCGGCAGAGAAUGCCUCGAUUCUCCGGUUUCUGUUCUCCAAUCUCCGUUCUCCGGCGCGUCGACGUCGUCGAUUAUGGUUAAAGAGGAAAUUUCCGGCGAAUCGACGCCGACGACUGAGGUGAAAGAGGAGCAAUCGGUAAACUUUUCAGAUUCGUUCACCGAUUUCUCGGCGCCGUUGUUCUCAGACGACGACGUUUUCGGUUUCCCGACGCCUAUUCCUGACUUUUACGGCGGCGAUUUAUUUGGAGAUGAUAUUUUCGCGGAUAUGAGUUUCGGGUUUGGGCCUGGGUCUGGGUCUGGAUUCUCCAGCUGGCACGUGGAGGACCAUUUUCAAGAUAUCGGGGAUCUAUUCGGGUCGGAUUCAAUGUUAGCUGUUUAACUAAUUAAAAAAAUUAACGGUCCGUUAAUCGUUGUUCGGCGAAGUUUUGUUACCGGCGGGAGUACGAAAAAUAUGGGCUAAUUUUUUAUAUAUAUUU